ACUAGUGCUGCUGUUCCCUUCACUGUGGCGAUUCCCUUACGUCUCGAGGCCGCUCUCUCUUAGUUGCGCUGCUACUCUUAUAUCUCUGGCCACUGCUGUUCCUGCCCACGACUUUCCUUCAUAUCCCGUUCGUUACCCCGCCCGAAAAUGGCGCAAACAGUGCAGCGAGGAAAGCGCAGACAAGCGGCUGACGACUCGCCACCGUCGUCGCCGCCCCCAGCAGCGAAGCGGAGGCAGACCGCGACCGCGCGGAAGAGCACGGGCGGACGACCACCAGCCCGCGGCCCGAGCGACGCAGGGCCCUCGAACGCGGGCCGCCGCGCCAGCGGUGGCGGGCAGGGCCAGGGCGGCGACCCACCACGCAGGAAGCGGUUCAGGCCCGGGACGGUCGCCCUGCGCGAGAUCAGGAAGUACCAGAAGAGCACGGACCUGCUCAUCCGCAAGCUGCCGUUUUCGCGCGUGGUGCGCGAGAUCGCGCUGGACAUGAUCACGGACACCGUCGAGUAUGGGGACAACGGUUUGCGAUGGCAGAGCUCGGCGAUUCUGGCGCUGCAAGAGGCGACGGAGGCCUUCCUCGUGCACAUGUUCGAAGACGCGAACCUGUGCGCCAUCCACGCCAAACGGGUAACUGUCAUGCAAAGAGACAUCCAACUCGCACGACGCCUGCGCGGGUCGAGCGGUGGGCUGGCGUGAUCGAGCAUACGCUGAUGACUGUACGAGGCCAAGUCAGUGUCGAUCAGUAGUAUGCUUGAUGUUCGCUGGCCUGCGGCAGGUCGCCGGCGGCGGCGGCGGCGGCGGCGGCAACUCGAUUGCGUAUUUCGGCUGACCGUAUUUGGGACGUUGUCUUCUUACUGCUCGUCUUUGCUUUGCGUUAUUUUCUUUGCUGCGAUCACGACUAGUUCUAUUAGGGGUGGUCAGAGUUCGCGAUUACGGGGCGAUUCUGAGAGCGAUUAUAUAGUGAUUAUGAGAGCCUUAAUCACCUCAUAAUCGACCUGUACUCUGACCACCCCAUGUCGCAAAGCGAUUAUGAUCACGAUUUCUGGUACUGCGAUUCUGCUUUUCUCAGCUAUCUGCUCAACGUCUGCCUUUGGUUUCGAGCUCUGACGCGCCUUUGAACACCCUACAUAUUCAAAAAGGUCAUUAUAAAUUGACUCCGCAUUUUU